AUGGGUGCCUGGGGGUCACCGCACUGCAGCCCUGUGGCCGGGACCUCCCCAGAGCUGCCGGAGGCACUCCUCGUCAGUGCAUCCUCCCUCGUCGAUGCAUCCUCCCUCGUCAGUGCAUCCUCCCUCGUCAGUGCAUCCUCCCUUGGUGCAUCCUCCUGGAUGCCCCCUCCUCGCUGCACAGGGGCAGGGAGCCCCAUGGAGCUGGAUGGGGCUCUCGUCGUCGAUGCAUCCUCCUGGCUGUCUCCUCACUGCGCAGGGGCAGGAAGCCCCCCGGAGCCCCUCAGCGACCCCAUCCUGGAUGCAGGGCUGAUGUUGCCGGAGUUUACGGAUGCAGGGAUGGUCUCCCAGAGGGAGUCGGGCUUGGGAGGGAGCUGGCAGGAGCCCGAGCCCGCACCAGGGAACGGCAGCGGGGCAGCUGGCGCAGCGCCCUGCGGCAGCCUGCUCCCCCCCGAGAGGGGCUGCGCCUGGAGCCCCCGGCCCAAUGGCAGCGAGGAGGCCCUGCGGCUGCCCACCUUCUCCCCCGCUGCCCAGGCCCGCGUGGUCAUCACCUUCGCCCUCUUCGCCCUCGCUGCCGGCUGCAACCUGGCGGUGCUGCGGGCGGCCGGGGGCCGGCGGCGGGGCCGGCGCUCGCACAUCCGGGUGCUGCUGCUGCACCUGGCCGCGGCCGACCUGCUGGUGACGGUGGUGGCGAUGCCGCUGGACGCCGUCUGGAACAUCACCGUGCAGUGGCGGGCCGGCGACCUGGCCUGCCGCCUCCUCAUGUACCUCAAGCUGUUGGCCAUGUACGCCUCCGCCUUCGUCACCGUGGUCAUCAGCCUGGACCGGCACGCCGCCAUCCUGCGCCCGCUGGCCAUCGCCCGCGCCCGGAGGAGGAACCAGCUCAUGCUCUACGCUGCCUGGCUGCUCAGCGCCGGGCUCUCUGUGCCGCAGCUAUUCCUCUUCCACACGGUCACCGUCCGCUCCCCGCGCAACUUCACGCAGUGCACCACGCGGGGCAGCUUCGCCCAGCCCUGGCACGAGACCCUCUACAACAUGCUGAGCUUCGCCUGCCUCUUCCUGCUGCCGCUGCUCGUCAUGGUGUGCUGCUACGCGCGCAUCCUCCUGGAGAUCUCCCGGCGCAUGGGCUCCAGCCUCUUCUCCUCCAGGGACAUGUCCCUGCGGUGCUCCAGGAACAACAUCCCGCGGGCACGGCUGCGCAUGCUGAAGAUGAGCCUGGUCAUUGUCUCUUCCUUCAUCAUCUGCUGGACCCCCUACUACCUGCUGGGGCUGUGGUACUGGUUCUGCCCACGGGCCAUGGAGAAGAGGGUCUCACAGUCCCUCAGCCACAUCCUCUUCAUCUUCGGCCUCUUCAAUGCAUGCCUAGACCCCAUCACCUAUGGGCUCUUCACCAUCCCCUUCCGGAGUGGCGCGGGGUGCGGCUGCCCCUGUGGGCAGAGCCCUGUGCCAGAGCCACCCUCGCCAGCCACGGGCUCCUUCCACUGCUCUGCCUCCUCGCUGCAGGCCAAGCGGAGGCCAGAGGUGCCGGGUCUGCCAGCUGCGGCCAGCGCCUGCGAGAGCGGCUCUCUGUGA